CUCCGGAAAUGACGUUUUAUAACACAAAACCUCGAUCCUGAAUCUCAAACUGCUGUAAAGCCGUUGUCAAUUGCAGUGCAGCGCACAUGAUGUGAGGGCAUCUGAGAGCUCUUGGUUUUCUUCCUUUUCCAUUCCUUCCCUGCCCACCCUCUGCCUUAAUUGACCAACCUUUGGUUGUGGCGCAGCCGGACAUCCGGAUAUCCGGAAUCAACUCUGGUCUUCAGAAAGUGGCGUUGAAGACUGAAUAUCAGUAAUUUCCAGACAUCCGAUCAUGGCAACAUUUAACGCGCGCCCACACGGCCAAGACGACAGCUCGGCAACCUCACCCACCAUGGCCGAAAACACGCCUCUCCUCCGCUCCGGAUCCAGCUCCGUGACCGCCCGGGACAGCUCCCCGGGAAGCGAGCGGCAGCCCGGCCCGGCCCCGGAGCAAUCACUCGGCUGGAAGCAGACGACAUGUAUCGUCUUGAGCAUGUGGGCUCUGAUCUUUCUGCAGGCCAGCAACAUGUCCGGCAUAUCUACUACUCAAUCGACGAUUGCCGCCGACUUGGAUGCCUACGAGUCGGCCAUGUGGUUUACCAGCUCCUACAUGAUCAGCAUGUCGUCCGUCGCCCCCCUGGCCGGGAGGCUGGCCAUGGUUUUCUCUUCGGCGACCAUGAUGCUGCUGGCGUCGGCCUGUUUUGCCUUAGGCUCCCUGGUCACCGCGCUGGCCUCAAGUUUUGCGGUGUUUAUUCUCGGGAGGGUGAUGCAGGGCAUCGGCAGCGGCGGCAUCAUGACGCUGUGUAUGAUCUUGGUCAUCCAGCUCACCUCCAAAAAGCGGAGGGGUUUGUGGAUCGGCUUGGCCAACGCCGGCUUCACAAUAGGCGUGUCGGCCGGUGCGGUGGUCUUCGGCGCACUACUUCCGGUGCUGGGAUGGAGACUCCUGUUUGGAUCUCAAGCUCCCAUGUCCGCACUCGCGGGCCUCGGCCUCAGCCUCAGCAUCCCUCGCUUCACUAUGCAAGAUAGCAUCAAAAACAAGACCACCCUGCAGAAGCUCGCCGGUCUAGACUAUGCCGGCGCCUCAACCCUGAGCAUAACCAUAGUCCUCUUCCUCUACGGUCUCUCCAACACAACAAUUCAACCCCUUCCCAUCCUCCUCUCCCUGCCCACCCUGACCCUCUUCCUCUACGUCGAGUCGCGCGCAUCCGACCCCGUCAUCCCCCUCCCGCUGCUCUCCUCCCGCGGCGUCCUCCUCUCUUGCCUCUGCCAGCUAGGCUUCAUGGCCGCCCGCUGGACCGUACUCUUUUACGGCCCCAUCUUCGUGCUCGCCGUACGCGGUCUCUCCCCGGCCGUCGCCGGCUCCGUCCUGAUCCCCACUAACGCUGGCUUCGGCCUGGGCGGGCUGGCCGUCGGCGCCCUGCACAUCCGCCGCGCCGGUUCGUUUUGGUUACCCGCGCUGCUGUCGCUCACGCUGUUUAGUGUGUCGCUGUUCGGGCUAGCCUUCGUGAGCAAUGCCGCGUCGGACACGCGCGUGUAUGUUGGGUUGCUGUUUGUUAAUGGGCUGUGCACGGGCGCCGCGCUGAACUAUACCCUCGCGCACCUGCUGCACGUGUCAAAUCCGGACGCGCACUUUAUCGUCACAGGCCUGCUGUCGACUUUCCGUGGGUUUGCGGGCAGUUUUGGGACGGCGAUCGGCGGCGGUGUGUUUACGCGGACGCUAAGGGAUGCGCUGGUUGAGGGGUUUAGACGGUUGGAUGGUGGUGGGGGAGGUGGAAGCCUGGGUAAAGCAAGGGAGAAGCUCAUUUCCGUGCUCAUUGGUAGCCCGGCUGUGGUGUGGAAAGAAGGGAUUCUGAGCGGGGCGGAGAGGGAGGUUGCUGUGUCUGGGUAUGAGCGGGCGUUGGAAGUUUUGUACAAGUCGACUGCUGUGGUAUGUGUGCUGGUGCUGGUGAUGCAGGCCGGGACUGGGUGGGCAGCGCCGGAGGGCGCGAAGGACGACGACGAGGAGUUUGAGGAGGCCAUUGCUGAGCAGGACCGGGCGAUGGAGACUUGAGCGGUUUCAAAUGAGCUGCCCUGAUCUGUAAAGUAUCUCUGGUGAGCCUUGUGUACAGGAAAGCAAUGCUCUGAAAAUAGAACACACACUUUCGCCGCAGG